AUGGAUGAGAAUAUAAGCAAGGAAGAACUUAGAAAUACAUUUAAUGACAACACUUCUACAGUUGAUAGAUUUAGAGAAGACAAUGACAGUGGUAUAUAUGAGGAACUGGAUAAAGUAGAAGAAGAAGAAAGUUAUGAACCAUAUAUAAAAUAUCUACAAGCUUUGAGUAUGUCAUGGAGUAGCUGCCAAGCUUCUUCUAUGUUAACAAAAGAUUUAGUUACCUACGUAGUACCAAGAUUUCAAGACUGUAGUACUCCAAUUAAAGUCCGCAUUAUAAUGAGCAUUUUAUAUAUUUCUGAUACAUUACGUGAACAAUGUAAAGAUGAAUUUUUAAGUAUUUUAAACUGUGGUGAGCUAGAUAGAGAUGACUGGGUAAGAAAGUUAUCAAGAUUAUUAAUUCCUUAUGUACAGCGUGGUGUUGUUGAUUUGGGUGAAACAGAUACUGAAACUGCCUUCAAGAUACUUCGAUACCUUGAUGAGCUUCGGAAUAAGGAAGGCAUAGAUUAUAGAUUAAAACCUCCACUAGAAUCAAUUCAUAUGUGUGACCCACUGACGGACGAACCUUUUCAGACGGAAUUACCUUCUUACAAUAUAGACUAUGACAAUUUUGCACCACAAAGGGAUUUUGAAAUGUUACUUAUAGAUGUUGAAAAGGAUGGUAUGAUUAAGAUAAGACAAGCAAGCAUUGAGAAAAAAAGUAGGAAAUAA